CGUGACGUCAGUUCCGGCCUAGCGGCUCGAGACGAGGGCGCUGAGCUCGAGCAAAAACAAGAGGCGGAAAAUUAAAAUAUCCCUCGAUGCAAACCAGCGGCUUUGGACGUUUUGAAAGGAAACAAAAAAUCUGCAGCGAAUCGGAUCACUUUAGUAGCUAGCGGUAUCUGCUUUUUUUUCCCGGCUUUAAAAAAAUUGUGCGGCGGAUCCUCUAAAAGCCAGAGAGAAAAAAAAUGUCGGCACAGGCCCAAAUGCGAGCUAUGCUCGACCAGCUCAUGGGGACAUCCAGGGACGUGAGUGCUGAAGACAUCGGGGGUAAAUGGCUUGGAGAGGAGUUACCAACGGUAUGAGGGAACUAAAUUAACACAUACAGCUGAAGUGGAGAUGCCAGUCGGCAGAGAAUCAGAUUUACUGACGAUCGGGUCUGCAAGAGUCAUCUCCUGAGCUGCUGCCCACAUGAUAUACUUUCUGGAACGAGAAUGGACCUUGGAGAGUGCACAAAAGUUCAUGACCUAGCACUGAGAGCAGACUAUGAAAUUGCCUCCAAAUUAAAGGACCACUUUUUUGAAAUGGAUGCCAUGGAUCAUCUGCAGUCAUUCAUCACAGACUGUGACAGAAGAACAGAAAUUGCAAAAAAACGUUUGGCAGAAACCCAAGAAGAAAUCAGUGCAGAGGUGGCAGCAAAGGCUGAGCGAGUUCAUGAACUUAAUGAGGAAAUCGGGAAACUGCUUGCCAAAGCAGAACAGCUGGGAGCAGAAGGAAAUGUUGAAGAAUCCCAAAAGGUCAUGGAGGAAGUUGAGAAGGCACGAGCUAAGAAGAGGGAAGCUGAGGGGGACACCAUUGCUUCUCCUUCCUCCAGUGCAUUCUGGGAGGUUUAUCGAAAUUCCAUGCCAGCCUCCAGCUUCCAGCAGCAAAAACUGCGAGUCUGUGAGGUGUGCUCGGCAUACUUGGGUCUUCAUGAUAAUGAUCGACGCCUUGCAGACCAUUUUGGUGGCAAACUUCACCUGGGAUUCAUUGAAAUUAGAGAGAAACUGGAAGAACUGCAGAAACUUGUUGCAGAGAAACAGGAGAAAAGAACUCAAGAGCGUCUGAAACGGCGAGAGGAGAGAGAAAAGGAGGAAAGAAUGAAAAGAAGGACCAGAUCUCGCAGCAGGGAUCGUAAAAGAUCAAGAUCAAGGGAACGUCGUCGACAUCGAUCCAGGUCUGCAUCCCAUGAUCGACGCAAACGUUCCCGCUCUCGAUCAAGGGACCGGCGUCGCCGACACAAAUCUCGAUCUGGAAGUAGAAGCAGGAGUCGUAGUCACCACCGCAGCAGGCAUAGCUCAAGAGACAGAGAGCGAGAGAGAGACCGGAGCAGAGAGAAAAGCUCCAAAAGAAAGUCACGAGACCGAGACAGAUCCAGAGAUCGAGACAGAGAAAAAUCGAGGGAGAAGGAUCGCAGGGAGAAAAAGCGUUCCUAUGAGAGUGCUAAUGGAAAAUCGGAACACAGCUCUGAGGAACGAGAAGCAGGAGAAAUCUAACGGACAAAACAUUUUUGGAACUGGGGCAGACAAUGUCUUUCUGAUUGUUUAACUCAACUAGGGGAGCUCUUGUUUUGUUUUUGGACUUAGAAAAAUAUUCCAGCAGCUAGAUGACUGAUAACUUAAAAAAUAUUAGAUAGUUGAAAAUGUUCAGGAAGUUUUGUCAGUUUAACCAACUGGUUUUGAAGGCAGCAACUGGAGGUGCCUAGAAUGUACUGUGUGUGCAUGUACCAGUGCUGUAAUGCCACAAACAUUAGGGUGCCUCCUUCCAUUGGCACAAGGUUGUUCUUUUGUUUUGAAUAAUCAAAUAAUUUGUUUUGCAUUUUUUAAAAAUGUGGAUCUGCAACCCAUGGUAUUUUCUUUUCUGAAGCCUAAAUAAAAAGCAAUGGAUCUGGUA